AUGGACGUUGUGGUGGGUAGAGGCUUCCAAAUUCUGGCAUGCUCUUCUCCGUCUUUCUUUGGGAAGAACUUAUACAGAACAUCAUUGGGUGUAACAAAGAUUCGUCAGCCAUCUAGAACAGGACCUGCUCCACGGUUCUUACGAAGCGUAGUUCAAGCUCAGGAACGCCCUACAUGGCUUCCUGGGCUCGACCCUCCACCUUAUCUGGAUGGAACUCUGGCUGGAGAUUUUGGGUUCGACCCACUUGGGCUUGGAGAGGAUCCUGAAAGCUUGAAAUGGUAUGUACAGGCAGAACUGGUUCAUGCUCGAUUUGCCAUGGCCGGGGUUGCUGGAAUUCUUGUUACUGAUUUGCUUCGUGUAACAGGUAUAAGCAAUUUGCCAGUUUGGUAUGAAGCGGGUGCCACAAAGUUUGAGUUUGCCAGUACUAGAACCCUGUUUAUUGUCCAAUUAUUAUUAAUGGGAUUUGUUGAAACAAAGAGGUACAAGGAUUUCACAAGUCCAGGAUCUCAAGCCAAAGAGGGGUCUUUCUUUGGAUUAGAACCUGCACUAGAAGGUUUAGAACCAGGAUACCCUGGUGGUCCUUUGCUGAAUCCUCUCGGCCUUGCGAAAGAUAUAAAGAAUGCUCAUGAGUGGAAGUUGAAAGAGAUUAAGAAUGGACGGCUCGCAAUGAUGGCCAUGCUUGGCAUAUUUGUUCAAGCUUAUGUUACUCAUGUUGGCCCUAUUGACAAUCUCAUGGAGCACCUCUCAAAUCCCUGGCAUAAAACUAUCAUUCAAACCCUUGCUGGAUCAGUUUCUUGA